AUGGCGGCUACUACCGAAGAAAUGGAAAGCUCUGCGGAGGAUCUAGAAGCAACGCCGAGUACUUCAGCCACACCUAAUGAACAAGAGGACGCAGCAUAUGAAGACGCGGGUUUCGCAGCGGACAAGACGGGUUGGAAAGUGGUGACCAGCCGGAAAACGAAGAAGAAGGAACGCGCCGAAACAGCUGUGCAGCCUUCACAGCAAGAAAACCAUCCAAGCGGCGGGCAGUGCAAGCUGUGCGGAGGUUUGCAUGCAACGGCGGACAAGGCAUGGGGCUACGCGUAUCCCUCCAGCAAGGGAGAGCGUCUUCAUAUGACAGCCUCCGAUCUCGACCUCACUCUCAUCACAGACCCGGAAAUUCCAACUAGAUGUGGCACUUCCACAUGCCGAGACACCACACCGGACCUUACUUUCGUCCGGGGCAUAGAGAAAUGUGGCUGGUACAACUCGGGCAUAGACCUUGGCAGCGAUCACUACAUUCUCCGAAUUAGUGCAGAGCUCCCAGGAAGGAGGCAAAGGGAGUACAAACUAAUUGAUUGGGACAAAUUUCGUAAAAUACGGACGCAGCCAUCAAACUCAUCAGGAGCAAACACAAAGCACACGAUAGCAAGCUGGACCGAACAGCUCAAAGCCGACAUCGCAGCCUCGGAACGAACGAUUACCACGGACGUUAAGGUGGAGAGAAUGGACAGUCGGCUAGCGAACCUUCUCGAAGCCAAACACUCCAUACUAGCCAGAUGGAAGGGCCAACGUUUUAACCGAAGACUGCGAAAGAAGCUCGCUGAACUCAACAGGACCAUUGAAGAAUACUGCGUGGUUCUUUCCCGACAGCAGUGGGACGAAGUCUGUAACACCCUCAACGGGCAAAUGCGCAAAGGGAGCGGGUGGAGGCUCAUAAAACACCUCCUCGACGAAAAUGGCACCAAGUCCAAAUCUAUGCAACGGACCAGGCUCAGCAAGUUAGUACACUGCGCGACGCAACGCAGUACUGCCGAAGAACUUGUUCAAGACCUUGCCAAACGGUACCUACCGCUUAAAUCGGGACAACCCAGUAUCUCACAAAGGAACAUCUAUGACGGUGCCCCAAACUCGGAGCUAGAUGCGGACUACACAGAAAGCGAAGUACGCUUCGCAAUUCACGAACUCAACAGUAACUCUGCAGCCGGCCCCGACGGUGUCACCAAUCGGGCUCUCCGAAAUUUAGACGACAAUUCGGUCACCUUCUUAACUCAACAAAUUAACGAAGCCUGGAAAACCGGCCGUCUGCCUGGAGAAUGGAAGCAUGCAAACACGGUCCUCAUCCCGAAACCCGGCAAGCCGCUGGGGCUAUCAAACCUGAGGCCGAUCUCACUAACGUCCUGCAUAGGAAAGCUAGCCGAACAUGUCAUUCUGAACCGCCUGUCGGAACACGUAGAAGAAAAGCAGUACUUUCCCUACACUAUGAUCGGCUAUAGGCCGGGUCUAUCAACGCAAGAUGCCAUGCUACGAAUAAAGAAAAGUUUGCUGGAUCGCCCCACACGAGACACAAAGGCGCUGCUGGGACUCGACGUGGAGCAAGCUUUUGACAACAUCCGACAUCAAGCCAUUCUGACAGCCAUAUCUGAACACAAUCUUGGAACACGCUUCUAUCAGUACGUCAACGCUUUUCUGGAAGAUCGAACGGCCACUCUGCGGAUAGGCGAGCACGUCUCGCAGAGCUUUGACCUGGGCGAUAAGGGAACACCGCAAGGUUCAGUACUUUCGCCAUUCUUAUUCAAUCUGGCUAUGGCAAAGCUCUCUCGCGCACUGGGUGAAAUAGCAGAUGUGGAGCAUACCAUCUACGCAGACGAUGUCACCAUUUGGAGCACCGGUGGCAGCGAUGCGGAAUUGGAAGCCCGCAUGCAAGAAGCCAUCUCAGUCACCGAAGCCCAUCUCACUCCUAUGGGACUUCGCUGCUCUUCCAGAAAAUCCGAGCUGCUUAUCUACCACCCUCCCAGACGAGGGCGCCCGUCAAAAGACUGGCGCAGACCCAUCCCUCCAUGCAUAGAGUUACACGACUCGGACGGCAAACGCAUACCUACGGUCGACAAAAUACGAAUCCUCGGACUUAUCAUCCAAAGUAACGGCUCCAACUUGGUGAUGCUGGAAAGCAUCACGUUCAAGAUUGGGAACGCGCUCCGAAUGUUUCGGCGCAUCAUGAACAGGCACAGAGGACUGGGCGAGGACAACGCCAUCAGAAUGGUCCACGCUUUUGUACUCUGUCACAUCACAUACGUGGCUGCCAUGCUGAACUGGAAAAAAGCGGAACGGCGAAGGCUCGAAGUGCACAUACGACGCGCUUUCAAGACAGCGUUGGGGCUCCCGGAUAAUGCCUCCACUGCUCUCCUCUUACAGCUAGGAGUGCACAAUCCCCUUACCGAAAUAAUCGAGGCUCAGCACACGGCACAGAUCGCACGCUUAUCAAGCACCAAAGCGGGCAGAGAUAUUCUCGUCAAGCUUGGCCUGAACACUAUUGUGGAAAGGGACAACGUCCAGCAUAUUCGCAGCCACUACAGAGACAGGUUGUGUGUCCACGCCGCAAACUACAACAGCGCCUUCAGGAAGCAGAAUCGGCUCAUUUGUGACAUUGAGUACAGCGAGGAAGGCGGUGCCAUUGGUGAAGCGAACAAGACUCGAUGCUAG